AUUUGCUCCACGUCCACUGGCAUGAGCCGGCGCCACUGCAGCUGCGUCGCACGGCCACCCUCCUGCUCCUGCAGCUCCAGCUCCGUGACAGCCGCCGGGCGCCCUCGCCCCUCGGACGGUUAUAAAGAAGAAAGUUCCACUCUCUCUGUCAAAAUGAAGUGUGAUUUUAGUUAUAAUCAUGUUCAUACUGAACUUAAACUGGUAAAAUCUGAUGAUGGUGGAAGGCAAGGUUCUUACACUUCUUCGUGUAUGGAAGGUCCUUGUAAAGACUGUGUUAAAGACUAUGAAAGGUUAUCAUACAUUGGGUCACCAAUUGUGAGCCCCAGGAUUGUAGAACUUGAGACCAAAAGGAAGCCCUUGCACAACAAAGAAAACCAGCUUGUACAGCUAACUCUUAAUAGUUCAAAUGCAGUGGAAGAAGUAGAGACCAGUAGACUUUAUGAAGAUAGUGGCUAUUCCUCAUUUACCCAACAAAGUGGCGUCAAUGAACAUGAAGAGGGUAGCCUUACCCUGGAAGAAAGUUUUAGAAACAGUCCACAGUCCUGCCUGCUACAGACACGAAGCCCAGACCAUUAUCCCAACAAAAACUUGCUACCAGUUCUUCAUUUCGAAAAAGUGGUUUGUUCAACAUUAAAAAAGAAUGCCAAGCGAAAUCCUAAAAUUGAUCGAGAAAUGCUAAAGGAAAUUAUAUCCAGAGGAAAUUUUAAGCUACAGAAUAUAAUUGGCAGAAAAAUGGGCUUAGAGUGUGUGGAUAUUCUCAGUGAACUCUUUCGAAGGGGACUCAGGCAUCUCUUAGUAAAUAUUUUGGCACAGCUCAGUGAUAUGGACUUAAUCAAUUUUUCUAAAGUAAGCACAACUUGGAAGAAGAUUCUAGAAGAUGAUAAGGGGGCAUUCCAGUUGUACAAUAAAGCAAUGGACAGAUUUCUUGAAAACAAGAUUAAGUUUUCACUACAUGCUUCAACCAGAGAAUACGUUAUGUUCAGAACUGCACUGGCUUCUGUUCAAAAAUCAGCCCAGGCUCCUUCCGAAAAUGCUCAAGCCAAGUUAUCCAGUCAAAGUGACCGGAAAGGUUCUACUCACAGUCGACACAAUGAAUUCUCUGAGGUUGCCAAGACAUUGAAAAAGAAUGAAAGCCUCAAAGCCUGUGUUCGCUGUAACUCACCUGCAAAAUAUGAUUGCUACUUACAACGUGCAACUUGCAAACGGGAAAGUUGUGGGUUUGACUAUUGCACAAGGUGUCUCUGUGAUUAUCACACCGCCAAAGACUGCUCGAAUGGCAAGGUCCUAAAAGACAGCUGUAAAAUGGGCCCCCUGCCUGGUUCUAAAAAAAGCAAAAAGAACCUACGAAGAUUGUGA